CUCGCGCAGGCGCUCUGCAGGUUUUGCUGUCUCAGGCUGGGCCCGCGCUGUUGAAUCUCUCGCUGUUUCCCGGAGACCGUCAUGGAGUACCUUAUAGGGAUACAGGGCAGGGACUUCGUCCUGGUGGCGUCCGACACGAUAGCGGCCAGCAGCAUCGUCGCCAUGAAGCACGAUUAUGAUAAAAUGUUUAAACUGAGUGAGAAGAUCAUACUGCUAUGUGUCGGCGAAGCUGGGGACACCGUCCAGUUUGCAGAAUACAUUCAGAAAAAUGUACAGCUUUACAAAAUGAGAAAUGGUUACGAACUGUCCCCUUCAGCAGCUGCCAACUUUACUCGCAAAAACCUGGCAGAGUACCUCCGAAGUCGGACGCCGUACCAUGUGAAUAUGCUUCUAGCUGGCUGUGAUGAACAUGAGGGUCCAGCACUCUACUACAUGGACUACCUGGCAGCUCUGGCUAAAGCCCCUUUUGCUGCUCAUGGAUAUGGAGCAUUUCUAACCCUCAGUAUUUUGGACAGAUACUAUAAACCAGAUCUCACACGCGAAGAGGCAUUAGAGCUGUUGAAGAAAUGCUUGCAAGAGAUCCAAAAACGAUUUAUUCUGAAUCUUCCCUCGUUUACUGUUCGAAUCAUUGAUAAUGAUGGUGUUCAUGAUAUGGAACAAAUUUCUGUGUCAAAAAUAUAAUUUUACUUGCAGUAAUUUUUGUUUUUACUUUCAGAGAUUUAUGUAUAUGAGUUCAGAAUAAAGCCGAAGAUUCAGAGUUCUGGAA